CCGUGUGCAGGAGGGGAGGACUGAACUAGACCCUCCCUCCCCUUCCCCCCCACCCAUUCCUCUCUACCUCCUCCUCCUUCUAAAACCUUCCCGAUCUUUCAGGCUUGUGUUUUCAUCACGUUGGAAAACAAGACUCCCUUGGUUGUCUGUGCGUAUACGCGUUUUCUCCCUCCCUCCUCCUUAGUGAGCGGCUGAGCACAGGAGCAAAAAAAAGGAAAGAGCGGUUUCAGCACCUUGGACAGAGCACGCAGCAAGCAACAUGGCUCCGAUUGCAGCCAGCCGGGAAGAAUUUGAUGAAAUUCCAACUGUGGUUGGAAUCUUCAGCGCCUUUGGGCUGGUCUUCACUGUCUCCCUCUUUGCUUGGAUCUGCUGCCAACGCAAAUCUUCCAAAUCAAAUAAGACCCCGCCUUACAAAUUUGUUCAUGUGCUGAAGGGUGUCGACAUCUAUCCUGAGAACCUCAACAGCAAAAAGAAGUUUGGGGCAGAGGACAAGGAAGAAGGCAAGAGCAAACCGGUUAUGCCAAAGACCUCUCUCCACCUUGACCUGGAGAAACGAGAUCUGAACGGCAACUUCCCCAAAACAAUCCCCAAAAUACCAAGCUCCUCAGAUCUCGAGAACUUCACUCCAAAGCUCUUUCCUGAGAGGGAAAAAGAUUCUGUCUCCCCUGAUAGCCUGAAGUCUGUUACUUCCAUAUCUUCUGAAGAGAAGCAAGAUAAAUUAGGGACUCUCUUCUUCUCCAUUGAGUAUAACUUUGAGAAGAAGGCUUUCAUGGUGAACAUCAAGGAAGCACGUGGCUUACCUGCAAUGGAUGAACAGUCAAUGACUUCUGAUCCAUACAUCAAAAUGACGAUACUUCCGGAGAAGAAGCACAAGGUGAAAACUCGAGUACUGAGAAAAACAUUAGACCCAGCUUUUGACGAAACCUUCACCUUCUAUGGAAUCCCUUAUACUCAAGUCCAAGAUCUGAGCCUUCACUUUAUGAUCCUAAGUUUUGACCGAUUUUCCCGAGAUGACAUCAUUGGAGAAGUUCUCUUUCCUCUGUCCGGGAUUGAGUUGUCUGAAGGAAGGAUGCUGAUGAACAAGGAGAUCAUCAAAAAGAAUGUUAGGAAGUCCUCUGGACGUGGAGAGCUGCUGAUUUCUCUCUGUUACCAGUCUACAACAAAUACUCUCACGGUGGUUGUUUUAAAGGCCAGACACCUACCCAAAGCUGAUGUUUCUGGAUUAUCAGACCCCUAUGUGAAAGUGAACCUAUAUCAUGCCAAGAAAAGGAUCUCCAAAAAGAAAACCCACGUCAAGAAGUGCACCCCCAAUGCAGUGUUCAAUGAACUUUUUGUCUUUGAUAUUCCUUGCGAGGGUCUCGAAGAGAUCAGCAUCGAAUUCUUGGUUUUGGAUUCAGAUAGGGGAUCCCGGAACGAAAUCAUUGGCCGGUUAACCUUGGGGGCUUCGGCGGAAGGAACAGCAGGAGAACACUGGAAGGAAAUCUGUGAAUAUCCUAGGAGACAAAUUGCCAAAUGGCACAUGUUGUGCGAUGGCUAACAGCGAAAACAAGAGGUUGGAACUUUUAAACAAAAAUUCCAUAGGCAAGGAUCAGUUUUCUUUCUUUGCAAUGUAUAAUCACAGGCUUGUGACAUUUUUUUUUUAAAAAAGACUUUUUUGUUAUUGUUAUUAGGACUGAAAUGAAUUAUCAAAACAGAAGGUAAUUAACUUUUCUCAUUCAGUUCAGGCUCUCUCUCUUUUCUUUUGCAAGCUAUACAGAAAGUGACGUAAUAUCAUCAGAGGUUCGUAUUCUACUGGAGUUUACACAGCUAUAGAGACACAAAAUGCUGUAAACACAAUUAAGAAGUCUUGUCUUUUAUUAUUAAAGCACCAGGAACCCUAGAUUACUGCUGUAAAUCAGAUGAAGAUAAUCUCAUUAAUAUAUGUUGCUAGGUCUAGAAGCACCUGAAUUUUGUAAAAGUUUAAAAUAAAAAUCUGGAGAAAUGGAGUGUAUGGGGAGGGCAAUCCCUUCAGCAUCAUAAUGUGUCACAAACAUUAUUUUAUGGAAAUUCAACCAUUUUUCAUAAGGUUGAGUAUUUAUACUUUGAGCAAUCCAAAGACUCAAGAGAUUUUUGUCAAGCCACACUGCAUAGCUAUGGUCCACUUUGUUAAUUAGCCCGUGAGAUAUAGUUUAGAUUUCAAAGAGAGAAAGAGAGAGAUUGGUUCCAUUAGCUUACAUUCAAAUACUUUGUAAGUAUCCCCAAAAUAACUCACUUUGUUUAAUAAAGGGCUUAGACACUGAUGUAGGAGAGUGUAAAUUUUACAGUAUGGUUAGCAUAUGUGCUUAAAGUAUAGCCUGUGGUGGGAUUUAUUUAAGUUAAGUUUUUGGCCAAAAAAGAAAAGAAAAGGAAGAUAAUACAUUGAAAAUUUAUAACCAAUCGAAAAUACUGUAGAGUGUUAUAUCUUUCACCCGGUGUAUUUUGAAACAAUUACUGUUUGAACUGAAACUUAUCCCUUAUAAGUUUCUGUUUGAUUAUUCUAAAAACAAAAUUAAAAAUCCUA